AUUAUAGAGAUUCUUCUGCGCAUGCGCAACUCUUGUAUCGGUCUGACGAGGUCGAAUCUGGUGAAAGACGACUAAAAGGCGAAAACAUGCCUCAAGAUAGUAACCACGAUGCCUACCCGAGGCCUCCACAGCUGACUCCGAUAGUGGAUAAACAGACAGCAGUACCAAACCUGGGCUUGGUCGUGGAAAAAGUCUUUCAUUACACCGUGGACGUGCCUGUCACCGCAUUCAGAGGUAACUGAAGCUAACGCGGCUAACUGGAUAGCAUAGCUCUUAGGAGAUGUUUGUGUUGUACAGCGUCCUGAAACCGUUUCCCUCGUCUCCUCCAGGUGUUCUUGACACUAUUCAGGAGAAAAACAGGCCCGUGUACUACCACAAGAAGUACCGCCGUGUUCCUGACCUGACUGAGUGUGAGGAGGGGGAUUAUACCUGCUACUAUGAGGCUGAGAUGCAGUGGAAGAGAGAUUAGUAAGUCAAGAGGCAGGACUGGUAAUUUAUCAUAACAUACAAUCAAUACACACUCAUCAAGCUAUUUUAAAACAUUUAUGCACACACUCCUGUUUGAAGCAGGUAAAAAACAUUCAAAAAGUUGUUUUGACACUAAGAAUUUUACACAUGCACCCCAGUUCAGCUCUAACCUGUUUUCUUGAAUGUCUUUUAUCUACAUUUAAAGGGAUAUUCCAGUUUAAAAUUAAUUUAGGGUCAAACACAUCGUAACACCGAGUUAGACACCCCCUCAAAUGUUGAAUGUUGCCGACUGCUUGCUUCUCUAGUAACACCAACUUUAGUAACGACCGCACGAUAGCAAUACACAGUGGUCUCAGGAGCCAUAAACAAACAUCAACCAAAACGCCACUCUAUAGCCACAAAUAAUGCUCAGAACAGCACCUAACUUCAUCAACAGUACAUAUAGGGUCACAGCCAUAGUACUAGCCACCAAACAUCUUUUUAACUUUGCCUGAUUUCUUUAGCAAAGAGACUAAACACAACUCACCUACUCUCCUCCAGCAGCCGCUUGUUUGUAGCGAGACCUCAGGCCAGUCCAUUACGGACUGCAGUGGGGUGACUCAGCUCAAGGAAGAACAUUUAUGAUCAUUUCUUUAUCAUUUCCAUGAAGUGAUAAUCAUCGUAUUAAUCAUUUUGCUCUGCAGACGCAGUAGUUCUUCUGCCUUAGUGUCUCGGUCUGAUUGUAUUUCCAUUAAGAAAUGAUCAUAAAUGUUUUUCCUUGAGCUGUGAAACUCUGCCUCAGUAGAUGAUGGAUUGGCCAAGGUCUUGCUACAAAAAAGUGGCUGCUGGAAGCAAGUAGGUGAGCUGUGUUUAGUCUCUUUGCUAAAGAAAUUAGGCAAAGUCAAAAAAGUGUUUGGUGCCUAGUGCUGAGGCUGGGACCCUAUAUGUCCUGUUGAUGAAGUUAGGUGCUGUUCUGAGCAUUAUUUGUGGCUAUAGAGUGGCGUUUUGGUUGAGGUUUGUUUAUGGCUCCUCAGACCGCUGUGUAUUGCUAUCCUGUGGUCGUUACUAAAGUUGGUAUAACUAGAGAAGCAAGCGGUCUGCAACAUUCAUCUCUCGACGGGGUGUCUAACUCGGUGUUAGGGAGUGUUUGACCCUAAAUUAAUUUUACGCCAGAAUAUCAUUUUAAGGCAUAAUGCUUCUGACUGGACAUCUGUUUACCUGAGAUGUUCAUGCGUUAGUAAUGCCUAAUUAUAAUGGGACAUGGAAAAAUAUCUUUAAAAAAGAUUUCCCCAUCUGUAACUCAUGUUCUUUCAAGUAUUUUCUGGUUUGCAAUGUGAUGUGCUUCAUUUUCAUGCAGUACACUUGAAGAAAACGGAGUGUUUCUAUAUUUUAGAUUUCAGUUUGGUCCCUUUCACUCCUCACAUUAGUCAUCCUUCUGGCAAACACCGUCAGUGUCCCUUCUAGCUCUAUGUUUAAUCUCUUUUAAGUUGAAGUCACCAAUACUUAUAUGUCUCUGAAGGACUGCACGGGGCAUCCUAUACUCACAGCAUUGGACUGGAUAAACUUUGUUUAAACUCAAGACUCCCUGAUGCUCUUGUUGCUCACUGUUGAAUUAAAUCUCUGCUUAUUACUUGUAGUAAUGUUGAAAACCAUCCGUGUUGAGUAGAGGGCAUUUGUUGCAGAUAUGAGCUAUCAAACAAAUCCAGACAUGCAAUGUGUAUUAUUUUUUUUCUAUUAUUAUUUCCAGAGUCACUACUGUUCUCAAAGCAGCCUCAAAUAAGAGUGUAUCCCUGUGGUCUUUAUGAUAGGAUAAUCAUUGUAUUAUUGUCUUUUCCUCUCAGCAAAGUUGACCAGGAGAUUAUGAAGGUGCUUCAGGAGCGAAUUAAGGCUUGCCAGGUGAGAGAGGGUCACAGCGCCACUCAGAACUGUGCAAAAGAAACCGAGCUGCUCACCAAGACAGCCGCUAACUACAGGUCACGCUGUAAGUAGAUUGCUCUUAAGGAUGCAUAAAACAAAACAUACAUUGUCAUUGUUGGAAAGUAGUUUUAUGAUGGUCACAUUAGUCCAAAUACUCUCUAUUUUGUUUAUGAUCUGCCCUUUUUAGAUGAAGACCUGGGAGCAUACGGCAGUGCCAGAAAAUGUCUCAUGAAGCAGAAAGAGAGAAUGAUGGCUGCUGAGGCCCAGACAUCUUAAAAAUGAUUCCCCACUAUCUGCUGUGUAAAGAUUGUAAAAUAAAUGUGAUAAACCAUGUCGGAAAAGUGUCCUUUUGAACAAGUGAGGUGCUCCCCUGGAAGACAGCUCGCAAAUCAAACCAAAUACUUGUAAAACAUCAGUUAUGGUCAGUUAUGUUUCAGAUUUGGUAUAUCCUCUUCAUCUCAAAUUCAGCGGGCUCAUUGUGGGAAACAAAAUCAGUAUACUUGGGCUGCUAAAUAUGGUCUUAUUUGGCAUUUGCUGCAAAAGGAAACACUUGUUUUUGGUAGAAUUACAUGCUGAACAAGGUCAACACUAUCAUCAUGGCGAACUAGGCCUUCAGAUCACUUUCAUGCUUCAAGAUUGACCCUAAAAAUUGGGAGCAAGCGAAGGCGACGUUCACACUGCAGGUUUUGAUGCACAAUUUGGAUUUUUGUUAAAUCCGAUCUUUCUGUGCGGUCGUUCACAUUACAAUGACCGGGCAUCUAAUGUGAACGGAAUGCGUCCGUGAAGCGACCCUCAUGUGCACUGUUGUGGAAAAUCCAGUGUAAACUUAGUAAAACGACGCACAAGACAGGAUGAGAUCUGAAGAACAGCCAAACAGAGUCUUGACCAAAACCAGGGAAAGCCUCCUUAGCUUUUUCUUGUACGCCUUUUUAUACUGUUAGGUGUGUGUGUGUGCAUGCGUAUUCUGUCAUCAUGGGUAUGGCAUAUCAAUUCUCCAGAAGGCUACCCAUGAUGACAUGUCUGACCCUCAACACUUUGUUCAGACUAGUCUUAACUCUUGCAGAGAUUAAAUGUUCCAACAAAUA